UUGUUACUGAGGGCACACAGAAUUGUUACUGAGGGACACAGAAUUGUUACUCAGGGACACAGAAUUGUUACUGAGGGACACAGAAUUGUUACUCAGGGACACAGAAUUGUUACUCAGAGGGACACAGAAUUGUUACUCAGGGACACAGAAUUGUUACUCAGGGACACAGAAUUGUUACUGAGGGACACAGAAUUGUUACUGAGGGACACAGAAUUGUUACUGAGGGACACAGAAUUGUUACUCAGGGACACAGAAUUGUUACUCAGGGACAGACACAGAAUUGUUACUCAGGGACACAGAAUUGUUACUCAGGGACACAGAAUUGUUACUCAGGGACAGACACAGAAUUGUUACUAUGUCAGACAGACACAGAAUUGGCAGAGGAGGCAAUGUUUUAGGAGCGAUUGCAGACGUGACACAGAAUUGGGUCGAGAC